UCUAUCCACCUCAUCAGCUCAUGUAACGCCGCCGCCGCCGCCGCUCUCUACCGAAAUCUCCCCAACGACGGCGAGUCAGCGACAGACCACUUCACACACGUGCUCCUUCGCCAUGGGAACUAGUCUGUUGCGCACAGACGCAGCUGCCUCAUGCUGCUGAUCGGGGCCGUUCAGCAGAUCGAUUCGGAACAGCGAGAGCCUCCCCAAUCUAAAUAGGAAAGAGGCCAGGCGAGGCGUGUAGAGAGUCCAAGCAACAGCCAAACCAACGAGGCGACGAGGAACUCCAGCCGGCCGGGUGUAUCAGAUGGAGUCGAAGCCCACCGACGAUAUCGGCUCCUUGGCGGCUUCUUUCCCCUUGCUCGUGUAUGAUCAUGGCGAGCAGCCGGACAAUUCCCAGACCUUGCUGUCGGUCGCCGACGGGUCCUCGCACACCUACCGAGUCCCCGAGCUGAGGGGCGGCUACAGAUGCCUGGAGACUCCACGCGGCUUGGUGCUGGUAGCGGACACCACCUCCUUCCUGAGUUACCUGUGGAACCCGCAGACCGGGGAGACGAUCACGCUGCCGGCGAUGGACAAGGCACUGCCGGAGGACUGCCGGUGCCUGCUCUCCGACACGGUCUCCUCUCCAGAUUGCCUCGUCCUCGUCUACGACCUCACGGAUCCGGAGCUGCUGUUCUGUCGCGUCAGUGGAGGAUGCGCGUGGAUCAGCCAGUCUUACGACAUUGGCCUCUACAAACUCCCGGCGGACGCGGAGAGCUACUCUGUAUCUGCCGCCACCAAGAAGGCGAUAUCUAACAUGGCUGCUGUGCAGGGAAGAUUUUACAUCAUGGAGACGCUGGACGAGGUUGGAGUUCUGAGCUUCGCUCGCCAUCCAGAUCAGCCGCCCCAUCUGGAGCUCACUAGCUUUGGAGCUCCUAUGCCCACCAUGGACAGCGAGGCGCCACAGGUUGCCACCAUGACUUACCUCCUGGAAUCCGAUCAGGACCUGUUCCUCGUCUGCAUUUUCUUCCUCGGCUGCAGCUUGGAGCGCAUAGAGGAGGUCGGUGCCUACAAGAUGGAUUUCUCUAGGAAAGAAUGGUGCAAGGUGACGGACAUUGGCGACAGAGCGUUCCUUCUUGGUGCUCACAGCUUUGCAGCCUCGUGCUCAGCCGAGGAGCAUGGUCUCAAGAGGGGAUGUGUGUACUUUGCGUUGGAUUUCUUUGGGGACAGCAACGAUUAUCACAUCUUUGAUCUCCAAGAAGGCACUCGUCAGCUCGCUGGGCCACCCAAAGAUGUUCCGCUUCCUGCACGCGAGCCGUUUUGGAUGGUUCCUGUGUUCCCGUAAAGCUCACAGCUCUUUCAGUGUGAAAGGAGAACUGCAUUUUGUAUCUUUUGAGUUUAUUCACGAAUCACGAAUAAAGCUAUCUUUUUGCCACUUUUGGAUAAUAUAUAAUAAUGAAACUGUUUUGUCCAUAUACCUUUAAACAAUUGAGUAUAUUUUAUUUCCUUUUGUC